GAUAUAUCACCAGAGACCAGUUAUGGCAAUGCAAAGAUUUUUGUUUCUAGGCAUAGUGCUUCUACUUGUUGCAGGCUUUAGAUUGACAAACAGUGAAGCUCUUUCACCCAGUAGGACUCCUAUCUAUGACACUGCUUUCCUCAACAGGACUAGUUUCCCUGAAGGUUUCGUAUUUGGGACAGCUUCAGCGGCUUAUCAGUAUGAAGGUGCUGCUAAAGAAGGUGGUAGAGGACCAAGCAUAUGGGAUACCUACACCCACGAACAUCCAGAAAGGAUCACGGAUGGAAGCAAUGGAGAUGUAGCUAAUGAUCAAUAUCACCGCUAUAAGGAAGAUGUGAGGAUUAUGAAGGAUAUGAAUCUGGAUGCUUAUAGGUUCUCUAUCUCAUGGUCAAGACUGUUACCAAAUGGAAAGCUAAGUGGGGGAGUGAACAAAGAAGGAGUCAAGUACUACAACAAUCUCAUCAAUGAACUCCUAAGCAAAGGUCUACAGCCAUAUGUGACCCUCUUUCACUGGGAUCUUCCCCAAACUUUAGAAGACGAAUAUGGCGGUUUCUUAAGCCCUAACAUUGUCAACCAUUUUCGGGACUUUUCGGAACUGUGUUUCAAAGAAUUUGGUGAUCGGGUGAAGUACUGGAUCACGUUGAAUGAGCCAUGGACAUACAGCAAUGGUGGUUAUGCCCUCGGUUCGUUGGCACCGGGAAGGUGUUCUGCUUGGCAGCAGCUAAACUGCACGGGAGGGGAUUCGAGUACUGAACCCUAUUUGGUGGCACACAACCUACUCCUUUCUCAUGCAGCUGCUGUAAAGUUGUACAGGCAGAAAUAUCAGGCAUAUCAGAAGGGAGUUAUAGGAAUUACCAUAGUGUCUCACUGGUUCAUUCCAAUUUCAGACGCAACGCACCACAAAAAUGCCGCCUUACGAACUCUGGAUUUUAUGUUUGGAUGGUUCAUGGAUCCUUUGACAAACGGAGACUAUCCACACAGCAUGCGAUCUCUCGUCGGAAACCGAUUACCGAAAUUCACAAAAGAACAAUCCAAGUUGCUAAUCGGAUCAUUUGAUUUUCUUGGACUGAAUUACUAUACUACUUACUAUGCAAGUUAUACACCUCAGAACAAUUCUUUGAAUGCAAGCUACGUGACAGACGCUCGUUCUACUCAAUCAUUUGCGCUCAAUGGCGUCCCGAUUGGUCCACAGGCUGCUUCAUCAUGGCUAUAUGUUUAUCCAAAAGGACUUAGAGACCUUUUACUCUACACAAAGACGAAGUAUAAUGAUCCUCUUAUUUACAUUACUGAGAAUGGCAUCGAUGAGUUCAAUGAUCCGAAAUUAUCACUUGAGGAAGCCUUGUUUGACAAUCAGAGAGUUGACUAUUACUUUCGCCAUCUCUAUUACCUUCAAAAAGCAAUCGAGGAUGGUGUGAAAGUGAAGGGCUACUUUGCAUGGUCAUUGCUAGACAACUUCGAGUGGGCUUCGGGUUACACAGUGCGGUUCGGUAUCAACUACGUGGAUUACAAGAACGGAAACAAAAGGCACCCAAAGCUCUCAGCACACUGGUUCAAAAACUUCCUCAAGAAUUACUGAUUUCAUUAAGUCCGAGUGCCCGGCCGUUAUUCGUAAUGUAGAGACAUGGAUUUAGUCUAGAUGAAUAAUUAUGUUCUUGAAUACUGUAUGGGAGGCUCAACCUCACGCUGGUUUUAUUUGUUAUAAUAAAGUCACUUGGGAU